AUGCCCCGGGUGUCCGGUUCUGAAGAGGUUCUGCCGAGGCCUCGCUUCCAGCUGGACCUGUGGCUCGGCUUCAUCCUCCACAGCUGGAUCCUGGACGUGGGCCAGCCAUUUGUCACGCUCGUCCUCCCUGCAGAUCUGUUUCCUCUGAACCGGCCCUCUGCUGCAGAAUAUCUCCACUUCCUGUUCAACAUCUGCACACCGCUCAUUCUGCUCAAAAUGAUUGAGCGCACCCCCCGGUCGUUGCCCCCACUCGCCGUACACCUGGGCGUUAUUGCUGUUGCCAUGGGAACCAGCCUCCACCUGGUGACGGACGCCAUCACGCGACGGCUCGUGCUGAUUGGCUACCAGCUGCACCUGUCCGUCAGAGAUAACCCAAUCAUGGAGGAGCUCCGCCCCCCCGCCCUGAUCGAUGCGUUUGAGCUCCUCUGUUUCUUUGACGACACCAUUGGUCAUCUGAUGUGGUGUGUUCCCUUCUUCCUCGUCCUCUUCCUCUUCUUCAGUGGUUGUUUCCAUCACAGGACACAGGAGGACAAGAUGCCGCCGGCAGCAUGGAUGCUGCUUUUACCGAGCGCUGCUUACUACUGGUUCCUGAUGGCUGAGGGUCAGACCUUCAUCCUCUUCAUCUUCACCUUCUUCGUCAUGACGGCCACCGUGAUGCACCAGAGGAGGCGGGGCUUAGUGCCCGACGCCAACGGCCUCUUCAUGCUCUACAGUUUCUCUGCAGCUCUGCUCCUGCUCCUGUUCUGGGUGUCCUGUCUGUGGAGCGACGGCGUUCUGAGGAGGAAACACAGCGGACUCAUCUACAUCCCCCAGCCUCGCGCCGUCUACACACUGCACACACAACACUAUUAUGUGUACUAUGUGAACUCUAAGUAUUAUGUGUACUAUGUGUACUCUAAGUGUUAUGUGUACUAUGUGUACUAUGUGUACUCUAAGUAUUAUGUGUACUAUUGUUAUGUGUACUAUGUGUACUAUGUGUACUCUAAGUAUUAUGUGUACUAUUAUGAUGUGUACUAUGUGUACUCUAAGUAUUAUGUGUACUAUGUGAACUCUAAGUAUUAUGUGUACUAUGUGUACUCUAAGUAUUAUGUGUACUAUGUGAACUCUAAGUAUUAUGUGUACUAUGUGUACUCUAAGUAUUAUGUGUACUAUGUGUACUCUAAGUAUUAUGUGUACUAUGUGUACUCUUAA